AUGGUCACCUAUGCGGCUGCUAUAUGGGCUGAACCCAUGCAGGGUCGCAAAGUGCGCCACUUGCAAAGUCUACAGCGUCAAUUUGCCUUACAGAUAACUAGGGCGUUUCGUACUACCUCAUCCAGUGCAUUAAAUGUCAUGGCGGGACUGAUCCCUCUUACAUCUACGUACUCUGCAGGAAGCAGCAAUACAAUCCGUCAAGUCCUUCAAGGAACAGGACUUCGGAUUUUCCUUAAAGACGUAACACUGCCACCUAUCCCAAGCAUUCAAUAUUUCACUGAUGGAUCUAAAAUAGAUCAACAGAUAGGCUGUGCCCUUGUAGCCUUUCAUAAUGGUCUGUCAAUUUAUCAGUGGCUGGGUCAUCUCCAUGGAAAUAAUAGUGUAUUUCAAGCGGAGGCCCUAGCCGUCCUCAAAGCAGUUCAACACUGUAAAACAAGUGGUGCUAUGGAGGCAAUAAUUAUCACUGAUAGUCUUUCGUCGCUUCAAGCGAUUCAAAACCCCAGACAUUCUUCUUCGCUUAUCUCGGACAUCCAAUGUGAACUUCGUAAUCAAGUGGGAAAUAACAUCACGCUAGCUUGGACUAAGGGCCAUGUUGGGGAUCACGGUAAUACUUUGGCAGAUAAUUUAGCCAAAUCAGCUGCCGAAAAUACCGAUGCCGAGGCUGAAGAAGUGAUUCUUAAGUGGCCAACAUCUCACUUAAAAAGAGCUCUUCUUUUAAAAGUUAUAUCUUAA